AUGUCAGAGGAGGCCUCUGACGGCACCCGAGCUAAUUCCCCAACCUUCCCACCUGAGGAACGCUCCCCUACUUCAGAGGACAGGGACUGGGGAUGGCUGCUACAAGCACUACCUACCCGUGCUGACCUGGCAGCCGCCAACAGCACCUUCCAGGCCUCGAUCUGGGCAGACAUCCAGGUGCUGCGGGGCGACAUCCAAGGCCUCAAUUACCGUGUGGGGCGCAUUGAGGCUACCUGCGACCAGCCCAGAACAGCCCACGCUCAAGGUGGCAACUACUUAGUUCAACAUGCUGAAUACUAA